AUUGCUAAGCUCUUAUCAUUCAAAAAUAAUUCAAGUAGCAACUUCGCUGCUAUUCCGGUGAUGCUUUCAUCUCAAUUUCUCUUUUUCUUUUUUCCCGUUCAAGGACUUUAAAUUUUCGAUCAUUAUUUUUCUUUAAAUGUGAAACAAAUUAAAGGUGGAUAUAAUCGAUGAAUAUGGAUGGGUGCAGUAUAUGAUGAGCACUUAAAUUGAAAUACAAUUCUUGAUUAAGCCAGUGUUAGCAUGAACAAAAUUGGAGAACUCCAAGAAGGAGAUGAUGUCGCCAUUCGGUGUCGAUCUCAGACUUAUCGGUUGUACCGAAACCAAGAUUUUUGAGUGACUCAUCCCUAAUAUUAUCAGGUGUGAAUUCAACAUAUAUCAUCAGUUGUAACGAAAUCAAGUAUGUACAUUGAUUGGUUUGAACUUCGUAAAAGGAAAUUCAAGGAUGUUGUGUUUGAUAAAGAUAAUACAAUCACUGCCCCUUAUCAAUUGAAUCUUUGGGCUGCUCUUGCCUCCUCGUUGGACGAGUGUAAAGCACUCUUCAGACCCAAUAUUGCAGUGUUCAGCAAUUCUGCUGGGUUGUAUGAGUAUGUCCAUGAUGGUUCAGAAGCUAAGGCACUUGAAAAGGCUAUUGGAAUUAAAGUUAUAAGGCAUAGUCAGUAUUUCUUUUCUUAAUUGAAGAUUUUAAUCUGCUGCAAGCUUUUACGUUUAUUAGAUUUUCUAACUUUUAGACUCUAUACUGAUUCAUUAGGUCAGGACCCCUCUGGUGUUGGGAGCCAA